AUGAUUUGUGUAUUUUUUUAAUUCCUAAAGUCUCAUAGAUUUAUCGCAUAUUAACUUGUAGAAGAUUACAGAGACUUCCCAUUUGCAAGUUUAAAAGUUAAAAAACGAAAAAGAAUGAAUAAGGAUUAAAUUAUAUAACGAAAGAAGAAUGGAAAUAAGAUUAAAUUUAAGUAUGAAUUCAUAGAUUAAAGAUAACUUCAAAAAAUCGAUAAAAAAAAAAAGUUAGAAAUGAUCAUUUACACUUAUCUCAUUUAAAGUUUGAAUUUAAAUAUAUAUUAAUUAUUUAGAAUUAUGAUUGCAAUUUAAACAAAUUGCUAUUAUUUUAGAAGACUUGGAGAAAGAAAACAGAAAUUUUAAGAGAUUAUAUAUUAUGAAUCAAUUAUAAAAAUCCUGUUAUUGUGCAUUAUUUAUCAAAAGAUAUCCUCAAAACACUUAGUUCAUGAGAUAUUGUAAAGGUUACAGCAAAAUCAAUUAUUAAUUUUAAUGAUUAAUUUACGCAACGAGAGGGUAUUUAAUCAUUAUUUAUUUGUAUAAUCAGUUUGUAAGAUAUUAGUAAAAUCAAUAGAAUUUUAUAAACAUUGGCUAUGGAAUAUUAGUUUCAAUAGUUAAUUAUAUUAAUUGUCUGAAUUGA